AUGCCCCGCCCCCAAGUUAGCAUCGAGAGGUUGCCUACGCGCCGCAUGAGCAAUGAACCGCGAGAGUCCAUGAACUGCAAGUCAUGUCGGAAACGCAAGAUCAAGUGCAACCGCCUUCGUCCCGCCUGCGAGGCAUGCCAGGUAUUCCAGUGUCCAUGUAUCUAUGAUGCUGUACCGAAGAAGAGGGGCCCCAAAACCGACGUCCUGGAAGCAUUACUGAAGCGAGUCGAUGGGCUUGAAGCUCGGCUAAAGGAUAAGAAGGCGGAAGGAGAUGGAGAAAGCUCCGACAGUGCGGUGGUAGACGCCCCUGAGGCAUCCUCUUCGAGUCAAACCGCAUCAAAUGUGACUGCUGCGGCCAAACCCGAAACCGUUCAGGAGUCCCAGGAUUCGACCAUGUUUUCCCCAUUACAGCCGAGCCCGCAAUCCCCAGAAAUACACCCCGAAACAUUGCUCGAUAUCUAUUUCGCCCGCUUCCACGACAAGCCUUUUCAUAUUUUCGACGAGUCCACGUUAAGGCAGCGUCUCCAACUGAACCAAGUGCCAAGCUACUUGAUCAACGCUAUCUACGCGGUAGCGGCCCGGUAUGCGCCUCAUCCGAGCGGCUACCAGUCCGCCGUGAAGCUCAGCGAAGAGUAUUCUGCCAAAGCGAGGAUGGAAAUCGACACGGACGAACCAUCUGUGGACGCCCUACAGGCACUGGUGCUUCUCGUGACGGCCUUUACAGCCUCUGGCAAAGGCAAAAAGGCAUACAUGUUAUUGACAAUUGCGGUGGGGAUGGCCAUGGCUCUCGAGUUGCACAGAGAGCUGGAUCUCAACGCUCGUGUGACGCCGAUAGAGCGGGAGACCCGCCGGCGACUGUUUUGGACCUGCUACCUUCUCGACCGAUUCCUGUCUUGCGGCUCGAAGCGCCCUUCCCUCAUCUCGGAUCGGGCCAUCUUGCUCCGGCUGCCAUGCUGGUUUCCGAGCCCGGGUUCACUGCCCAUCGAAGGAGACUUUUUCCAGAGCUAUACCAACCUACAGCACCUGCAAGGCGGAGGAGGUAGGAAGUCUCAGGGAGGCAGUGGGAUGCUCAUCGAUAUCUGUCGCAUUCUCGGUGCUACGAAUCAGUACUUGGCAGCUGGCGGCGUCAAAGGCGACUCUCACUUCCCGUGGCACUCGUUGUCCAACCUCUCCAAGAUCCGCCAAGACCUGGAUGUGUGGGCGUCCGGGACCCAGGACGUGUUUUCUAGCGUCGAGUCGCUGUUUGGCCAGCCGGACUCCACGCUGCUUGUGCUCAGCAAGCUAAUCUAUCAUCUUAUUCACUGUCUCAUCUACCGUCCGUUCCUCCCCAUUGAUUUGGCGGAGCUCGCGGGGUCGGGCCAGCACCAGUCAUGGCAAAUCGAAGCUACAAACAUGUGCUUCCUCCACGCAAACGCCAUCGCGGAGCUCGUGGAGCUGGGCAAGCAGACUGCUUCGGUCGAGUGGCCCGCCUUUGUGGGAUACUGCAUCUGCACGGCCGGCACGGUUCACAUACACGGCGCCCAUUACAGCCGGAUAGGCUCGCCGGGGGAGAUGAACGUGUUCAGCUCUUCGGCCGAUUUUUUAUCGAGGGAGAUGCAGCAGCUGAGUGAGCUGCGGUAUGCAUGGGCGAGUGUCCAACACCAGCGCGAGACGCUUCAGGGCAUCUACAACGCCCACUCGGAGCUCAUCAAGAGCCUGGCCCAAAGCCCUGUCCGGUAUUCGCCAGUUUUCACGCUUGAGGAUUUCUUUGACCGUUAUUCCAACAUUGGAGGGCCGGGAGGGCAAAGCUUCAGCUUUGAUUCGGCCAAUCUGAGCCUUUCCGACGUCGUGGUGGACUUCACAACCGACACGUAUCCAGGUCAAGGCCUCUACGCGCCACGGCUCAGCCCGUCCGAUCCUGGCCCACCCCGACCGAACCUCAAAAGAAAGAACACGGCUCCGUCUGGCCGCCCAAGGCCAGAGUUGAAAAAUCUCAUGUCCCUCAACGACAUGAACCCGCCACCCACGCCGUCCUUGUCCACGCCAUCGACGGUCAACCGCCCUUCGUUAUUCUCGCCGGCAUCGCUACCGCCUCACCCAUCACCAGGACUGCUUCACACCCCUACAUCACUAGCGUCGCCGCACGGAGCCCCGCCGCAGAACCGACACAUGAGCAUAUCGCACGGCGCCAUGGUCGGAGGGAACGCCGGCGGAGACGGCCUCGGAGCAUUCCCGCUCGGCAACGGCGUCGGAGGCAACCACCAGUCCAACGAUUUGGGUGGCCACCACCACGGGUUUGCAGCAGCAGCAGCAGCCAUGGGCACCACCACCACCACCAGCUCCUUCAACCCGUCUUUUACCUUUGUGCAUCAGCUCCCCGGCGGCUCUUCGGCUGCGACAGGAGCGGGGGCCGGACCCAGCCGCGCGCCCCAGCAGUCACAGCCGCAGGGGUUUGAUCCGAUGUUUGGCGGGAUACCGACGAAUGCAUUCUCGACGCCGACGCCGUGGCACGGCGACGAGGGCGGGGAUGCUGGUGGUGGUGGUACGAGGCCAGGCGGCGGCGGCACAGGGGCUACGCCCAAGGACACGAGCCCCAACGAGAGCGCGGCAACGACGGGCCCGGGGGAGGAGAAGGAUCCGUUUCUGAGUCUGUUGGAGCAGCUGGCAGAGAAUGAGUCGUUUAUGGGGGGGAAUGAGUUGGAUUUCUUUUUGAACGGAGGGCCGAGUUCGGGGUGA